AUAAAUAUAAGUAUCGGCUAUAAACUUUAGUAUUGUAAAUAAGUUAAAUAAAAUGUUCCAAACUUAUUGAUUUAUACGACUUCCUUGAGCUAUAAAAAAGUUUCCUAAACUACAGUUUUUAACACAAAUACAACCAACCAAUUCAUCAUCAUACCUUUAAUAGUGAGCGUUCAUUUAAUUUUUAUGAGUCCAGCCAUGGCGGACCAGACUUCUAUGUUGGCGAUUGUUAUAUUGGCUGUUGGAGUGUCCGUACAUUUUUCUUUACACAAAGUUGAAGAAGGAUAUGUCGGUGUUUACUACCGGGGAGGAGCAUUGCUUCCUGUUACAAGUCAGCCUGGCUUUCACAUGAUGAUUCCAGUACUAACAACUUUUAAAGCAAUACAAACUACAUUACAAACAGAUGAAGUCAAAAAUGUUCCAUGUGGUACAAGUGGUGGUGUCAUGAUAUAUUUUGAGAGGAUAGAGGUUGUGAACAAGCUUGAUCCUAAUAGUGUCUUAGAGGUGGUGCGCAACUACACAGCGGAUUAUGACAAGACAUUAAUUUUUCAUAAGGUUCACCAUGAGUUGAAUCAAUUCUGUAGUGCACACACGUUGCAUGAAGUCUACAUUGAUUUAUUUGACCAAAUUGAUGAGAAUCUCAGUACAGCUCUACAAAAUGAUCUCAAUGAAUUGGCUCCAGGUUUGAAGGUAAAUGGUGUUCGUGUGACAAAACCAAAAAUACCAGAGGCUAUAAGAAAGAAUUAUGAACUUAUGGAAGCUGAGAAGUCAAAGUAUCUUAUUGCUGAACAACAUCAAAAGGUUGUUGAAAAAGAAGCAGAGACGGCACGUAGGAAGGCAAUUAUCGAGGCAGAAAAAGAAGCCUAUGUGGCUAAAAUACAGUAUGAACAAAAAAUUAUGGAAAAGGAAUCUCUGCAAAAAAUCGAACUCAUUGAAGAUAGUAUACACAAAGCCAAGCAACAGACCAAAGCAGAGGCUGAUUAUUACCAUUUGAAGAAACAAGCGGAAGCAAAUAAAUUGCUUUUGACUAAAGAAUAUUUAGAAUUGAAAAAAUAUGAAGCACUUGCAUUGAACAAUAAGAUAUAUUUUGGCAGUGACAUUCCUAAUAUGUUUGUGCAAGCAACUCUUGGUGACACUUUAGCUAAAAAUAUCCAAGUUGAAUGAGCAGAAAUCAUUUUAUUUUAGAGCAGAACUAGUCAUUAAAUAGUGUUUCUCGAAAAUGUUGUUCAUAAAACAUUAUUUUUUUUGUGUUGUGUAAAUGUGCUCCUUGGCAAUUUUUUUUUUAAACUGGAUUUAUCAAACUCAUUAGAGCUAAGAAUAAUGGAUAUUUUUGUGUCAUUUAUAUGUAAUGAUACAUUUUUAUGUAUAUUAUUAAAGUGUUCAUAUUGAAACAAUAACAAGACAUUAAGGUAUAAGUUGAAUAUUGUUGUAACUUAUCUUUAUAUUUAUUACAUUAAAACACUUUUUU